AUGGCUUCCGCUACCACCUCCAUCUCGUCGCACCCUGCCGCCCUCCGCGACGUCAAAGCUGCGAGGAUUGGCGCGCUGAGGCAGCAGGUGGGCGUGGCCCCGGCGGCGGCGCGUGGCCAGCGCGCUCGCGCGGUGCGCCCGCUGCGCGCGGCGGAGCCCGCGAGGCAGCCGGUGGCGGCCUCCGCAGCAGCGGCGGCGCCGGCCGCGCCCGUGGCCGACGAGGCGGCGGCCCUUGCGGCGGUGGACUACGAGGCCCUGGCGCGUGAGCUGGAGGGCGCGUCGCCGCUGGAGAUCAUGGAUCGGGCGCUGGCCAUGUUCGGCUCCGAAAUCGCCAUCGCCUUCAGCGGCGCGGAGGACGUGGCGCUGAUCGAGUACGCGAAGCUGACGGGGCGUCCGUUCCGGGUGUUCAGCCUGGACACGGGGCGGCUCAACCCGGAGACGUACCAGUUCUUCGACAAGGUGGAGAAGCACUACGGCAUCCGCAUCGAGUACAUGUUCCCGGACGCCAGCGAGGUGCAGGAGCUGGUGCGCACCAAGGGCCUCUUCUCCUUCUACGAGGACGGGCACCAGGAGUGCUGCCGGGUGCGCAAGGUGCGGCCCCUGCGCAGGGCGCUCAAGGGGCUCAGGGCCUGGAUCACCGGCCAGAGGAAGGACCAGUCCCCCGGCACCAGGGCCAGCAUCCCCCUGGUUCAGGUCGAUCCUUCCUUCGAAGGCCUGGAUGGCGGAGCUGGUAGCUUGAUCAAGUGGAACCCCGUGGCCAACGUCGACGGCAAGGACAUCUGGACGUUUCUGCGGACCAUGGACGUCCCUGUCAACACCCUGCAUGCUCAGGGCUACGUGUCCAUCGGGUGCGAGCCGUGCACCAGGCCCGUCCUGCCGGGGCAGCACGAGCGGGAAGGCCGGUGGUGGUGGGAGGACGCCAAGGCCAAGGAGUGCGGCCUCCACAAGGGCAACAUCGACAAGGACGCCCAGGCGGCGGCGCCCAGGUCCGCCAACGGCAACGGCUCGGCGGGCGCCCCGGACAUCUUCGAGAGCCCCGCCGUCGUUUCCCUCACCCGCGCCGGGAUCGAGAACCUGCUGCGCCUGGAGAACCGCGCCGAGCCGUGGCUCGUAGUGCUGUACGCGCCCUGGUGCCCCUUCUGCCAGGCCAUGGAGGCCUCCUACGUGGAGCUAGCCGAGAAGCUGGCGGGGUCCGGCGUCAAGGUGGCCAAGUUCCGCGCCGACGGCGAGCAGAAGCCGUUCGCGCAGGCCGAGCUGCAGCUGCAGAGCUUCCCCACCGUGCUCCUGUUCCCGAGCCGCACAGCCAGGCCCAUCAAGUACCCGUCGGAGAAGAGGGACGUCGACUCGCUCCUCGCCUUCGUCAACAGCCUCCGGUGA